CGGAAAAAGCAUGGAGGAGAUUUGAGAACAAGACUGCGCCGCCUGAAAACAGCUGAUGAUAGCUCUGUAGCUGCGGUGGACCUGGAUUGUUUCUGCCUCUAUGAUCCCAAAUCGCGCCCAGAGGAAUGGAGGGACGGCAGGGCAAAGCUGAUCCGACCGAUCGCUCGAGCGGCUGGAGGAGAGCGUUUUGUCCGAGGAGAAGAGGCUGACGGUCCGGGGCCCUUCACCUGAUGCCCCCCCUACAUGUCUACCAGCACGAGUGCGAGAGAUUGUCACAAAGAACCUCAACGAUAGCUCAGCAGGGGCCAUGUCCUCGGUCAUGUCCCUCCAGGAGGAGAACCGGGUGCUGCAGGGAGAGCUGGCAAGGCUGGAGGACCUGCUGGCGCACAGCAGAGCGGACCGGGAUGAGCUCGCCAUCAAGUAUGGUGCAAUUAGUGAGAGGCUGGAGCAGGCGCUACGUUUCGACACGGGAGACGGGGACCAUGACUCUCUGGAGUCACGCAGCCUUGCUCAGCAGAAUGUGGACUUACGCAGGCGCCUGGAUGAGGAACAAGCGGCCUACAAGCGUAAACUCACCGCGUACCAGGAGGGUCAGCAGAGGCAGGCGCAGCUGGUGCAGAAGCUUCAGGCCAAGGUCCUUCAGUACAAAAAGAGGUGUGGGGAUCUCGAGCAGACGCUCCAGGAGAAGUCCUCAGAGUUGGAGAAACACAGGCUGAGUAGUCACAGCGAGACGUCCAAUGGUCGCCAUCAAGACGAAUCAAGCAGCAACCUGGAAGAUGCUUUAAUCCGUCUGGAGGAAGAACAGCAGAGGAGCAGCAGUUUGUCUGCGGUGAACGCGAUGCUGAGAGAGCAGUUGGAGCAGGCCGGUUUGGCCAAUGAGGCUCUCAGCCAGGACAUCCGCAGGCUCACUGCUGAUUGGACGAAAGCCAGAGAGGAGCUGGAACAAAAGGAGUCUGACUGGAGGAGAGAAGAAGAGUCUUUCCACAGUUACUUUAGCAGCGAGCACAGUCGUUUGCUGAUGCUGUGGCGGCAAGUGGUCGGGUUCAGAAGGCACGUCUGUGAAUUGAAGAGCGCCACUGAAAGGGACUUGUCAGACAUGCGUAACGAGCUGGCUCGACUGUCCAACUCCGCUCAGGUGUCCUGCACCGGUCUGUCUGCCGCUCUGCACAACCGCGAAGGAGGAGCAGCUCUGGCUCUGGAGCGGGAGAAAGCUCUGAGGGUUCAGCUGGAGCAGCAGCUGAGGGAACGGGUGACAGAGAUGAUGAAUCUUCAGACCAGAACGGACGCAGAGAGAAGUGAGCUCAAUGUCAGGCUGUCAGAAUCGGUGCGAGAGGCGGAGAGACUAAAGGGCAAACUGGAAGAGCGAGAAAGAGAAAUGGUCGUACUGACGAGGAGGCUUGAGGAGCAGAGUGGUAACGAUGAGACCGACAUGCAGAUGAUGAGAACUCACACUGAAACGCUGUUAGACACGCUGCGGGACAUUGCUCAGACGGUUUUGUCAGAUGGAGAGUCAUCAGAAGUGGACCAGGACAACGCUGGGGCUCCACUGCUGGCCUUGCUGCGUGGCUCCUCCCCACACCGCUGCUCCUCUCCCCGGAGGUCGUCCUCCCCCUCUCGUCCCUCCUCACUGGCUUCCCUCCCGGAGACGGCGCUGUCUGCUCUCCGCUCUGCGGUCACAAACAAGACGCUCCAGCUGCAGGAUGUUCGAGGGCGUCUGCUCUCGGCCCAGUCCACAUCACAGCAGUUACGAAAGCAGCUUUCAGAGACAGAUUCGACUAAAAGAGACGCAGAACAGCGAAACCAAGCUCUGCAGAGGGAGAGGGACGCUGCUCAGAGAGAGAGGGAGACCACACAGAGAGAAAAGGACCGUCUGAAGCAGGAGAGAGACACAUUGGCCAGUGAGAAGGUGAGCCUGGAGAAGACUUUACAGGCAGCACAGAGCAGCAACCAGAUCCUGCAGAUGGACUGUGAGAAGCUGCAGCUGACUGUGGUGUCCACGCAGCGAGAGCGAGAUCACGAGAGGGAGGAGAAGGAGGCCGCCAUUCAGGAGAGAGACCGGGCCAAGGCAGAGACUCAGAGGAUACAGAAGCAGUGGGAUCAGAGUGAGAGCCGAGCCUCUGCUCAGCGUGGAGAGUUGUCUGCAGUGAAGGAAACUCACCAGCAGGGGGAGGUUGAGAGGCAGCUGCUGGAGAGAGAGAAAGCCCAACUGUCCGAGGCACUUGGUCGAGCUGAGAGCAGUAACGCGGAGCUCUCUCUGCUGCUCAACAAGCUGCAGUCUGAGGAUGCAGCUCUCAGAGACUCUCUGGCUAAAAUGAGCAGCAUGAACGAGGGCCUGGCCCAGGAUAAAGCUGACCUAAACACCUACAUCCUCAAGCUGGAGGAAGAGAAGUCCCUCCUGCAGGUUCAGAAACGGGAGGCGGAGCAGGAGAAGUUGACCAUCAGAGAUGAGCUGGUCCGCUUGGAGCAGGACCGGCUUGAGCUGGACACUACCCGCAUCACCUUGCAGCAGUCUCUGCAGGACACAGAGCUAAGCCGGGUGGGGAUGGAGGCAGAACUCCAGAGUCUCAGGGCUGAGAGACUUAAGCUGCAGGAGAAAGUCACUCAGCUUUGUGGUGAGGUGACCUCUCUGGGAGCAGAGUUGAGUCUUGCCAGAGGAGAGGGCCAGAGGAACGAGGUGGCCUUAGAGGAGGUCGGCCGCGGUCGUGCAGAACUGGCCCGAGACAAAGCGGCUCUGGUGGUCCAGCUGACGGCCUCUGAGAGAGAAAACACCAUGCUGUCAGAGGAACUGGCUGCUUUCAGGUCAGAGCGGGAAUCCCUGGAGACCAGUCUGUUCGAGGUGCAGCAGCAGCUUGUUCAGGUGGAGUCUCGCCGAGAACAGCUGGAGACGGAGAACCAAAACCUUCGAGUCCGCUGUGAAACUGCUGCUGCUGAACUGAGGCGUGUUCGCUCUGAUGGGGAGAACGCGUUGGCCCAGGCUGAGAGGGAGAAACAGGCUCUGAAUCAGACUCUGAAUGCUGCACAGCUUGAGACCCAGCAGGCUUUACGCAAGGCCAUCUCCGAACAUCAGGAGGAGGUGGAGAGACUGGUCUCAGAAAAGGAAGUCGUGAGGCACAGCCUGCUGAUGGAGCACGAGGCAGCCCUGAGGAAGCUCAGGGAGGAGAUGGAGGAUCAGCUCCACAGGGCGCAGAGAGAAAGAGAAGAGCUGCAGGAUGAACUGAGGAGUCUCCAGCACGACAGAGAUCAGAGUCUGCUGCAGGCUGAGACUGAGAAACAACAGGCCCUUUCUCUGAAGGAGGCAGAGAAAACAGUUUUGUCUGACAGGCUGUCCAGUCUGCAGGCCGAGCUGUCAGCUGCAACCCUGGAGGCCGAGAAGAUGUCCAGAGAAGCAGCUCAUUACAGAGAGCAGGAGCAGAUCAGGGUCGGGGCUCUGACCGCCGAGCUGCUGGAGCUUCGCUCUCAGCUGGAGGAUGCAGCCUCUGUUCACGAACGUGAACUCCACAGUCUACGGGAGACUUGCACUGACCUUCAGUCACGUGCAAAUGUUGCUCUCAAAGAGUUGGAGCAGUGCAGAGCUUCUCUCGCAUCGAAUGAGGAGAGCAGAGACCAGCUGAGACGGGACAUGCUGGACAUCGAGCGCCGUCUCAACCAAAGUAAGGACACAGCAGACAACUACAGAAGAGAAAGCACGGAGAUACGACGCAACCUGGGUGACGUCAGCAAGGAGAGGGACACUCUCAGCCAAUCAAACACCCAGCUGAGGGAAACUCUGCGAAGUGCAGAGACGGAGAGAAUCAGUGUGAAACGACAGUGCGAGGAGAAAGAGCAGAGGCUGGCUGUGCUGGAGGAGAACUUCUCGUCCGCUCAGAAGGAGGUGGCGGAGCUGCGUAGCUGCCUCAGAGAAGUUGAAAGGUCUCGACUCGAAGCUCGGAGAGAACUGCAGGAGCUCCGCAGACAGCUGAAGAUUCUGGAUGGCGAGAAGGAGCAGAAAGGGAGGGAGGUGGCAGAGCUGCAGACUCGCCUGUCACUGGAGGAGCAAAGAGAGGAGGAGAGAGGCAAAGAGGUUUUCACCCUCAAACAGAAGUUAACUGAAGCUGAAGCAGCCAGAGACUCCCUCAAGAAAGAGCUUUCCCAGAUUCAAAAGCGCCUGGUGGAGUCCGAGUCGGGCUGGCGUGGCUGCGAGCGAGAACUGACUGCUCAGCUGCAGGAGGCGCGUGGCUGCGAGAAGAAGCUUCAGGAUGAAGCUAAGAACCUGUCCCUGCGCGCUCAGGCAGCUCAGGACUCUGCUGCUCAAUCCAGCCUGCAGCUGAGCGAGGCCCAGGGCCGACUGGCCGCCACGGAGGCCGAGCUGGCCCGGGCUGAGGCCGGGAGGAGGGAGCUGGAGUUUCGUCUGAGCAGCCUCCAGUCGGCACUGACCCGAACACUGGGCAUCGGAGCGGGCGGCAGAGGAGGCCGGGGGAGGAGCCCAGGCGGGAGCUCCGCAUCACCUGGCAACAUGUCACGUCACCACAGCAUCUCACCGCUGCGUUCCUCUCUCUCGCCUCCUAAGGAAUUUCGAGUAAGCACGCCUGACAACACUUUAGGCUCCGGGGCUGUGUCUCCUGAGAGAGGGGAUACACCGCUGCCUCUCCCUCAGCCAGACCUGGACCCAGAGACACUGCGAAGUGGUCUGAGAGACUUCCUCCAGGAGCUGCGUGACGCACAGAGGGAGCGGGAUGAUGCUCGAUGCCAGCUGGGGGCCCUGCAGCGGGAGGUGGAGGAGCUGACGCGGGAAAGAGACUCUGCUCAGAGUCGUCUCACUCAGCUACAGAACACUGUACAGGACUAUCAAGAAGGGAGGCGCGGCCUGGACGAGCGUCUGACCACCACUCAGAUUUUACUCCAGCAGCAGGAGGAGGCGGUGAGGAGAGGAGACAGAGAGAGAAGAGCUCUCAGCGACAGGGCGAAGGAUUUAGAGCGAGCGCUGCAGGCCUCUGAGGCGGAUAAGAAACACACACAGGAUCAGUUAAAUAAGCAGCGUGCUGCUGAGAUACGUCUGGAGGCGGAGAGGAAGCGCCUGCGGGAAGCGCUGGAGGCAGCCGAGGCCCGGGCCACCAGGGUGGAGCUGGGGAGGCGCAGUCUGGAGGGGGAGCUGCAGAGACUCAAACUGAGUCUGGGAGACCGGGAGGCUGAGAGCCAGGCCUCCCAGGACCGUAAUGACUCUCUACUCAAACAGGUGGCAGAGGGAGAGGCCCGUGUGUCUCUGCUGCAGAGAGAGGUGGAGAGGCUGACGCAGGCUCUGCUCAAAGCUCAGGAAGGUGAAUCUUUACUCAGAGAGAAGAACUCUUCACUAAACCAGAGCCUCCAGGAGGCGGCAGCUGCUCACAGCAGCACACAGAGUCGCCUGGUUUCUCUGCAGAAGACACUGAGUGUGGCUGAACAGGACAAAAGACUUCUACAGGAACGGACGGAUGAAGUCCGGGCGUCAUUUGCUGAAGCGAGGAGGAACAUGGCCACCCUCACUGAGCGCGUGCAAGGCCUGCAGAGUGAGCUGAACCAGAGUGAGCUGAGACGAGAGGAGCUGGAGGCUGAGCUCCACAAUGCUCAAGAGGCUCUUCGUCAGCGUUCGGCUGUCCUGGCGGAGGCUCAGCGCAGCGCCCAGUCAGCUCAGACAGAGCGGGUCGCCGUCGAGGAGCGACUGCGCGCGCUGCAACGAGCGGUCGCCAUGCUUGAGACAGAGAAAAAAGAUGCCGAGCGACAGGCUGUGAGACUGGAGAAAGACAAGGACGCCCUGAGGAAUACACUGGAUAAGGUGGAACGUCAGAAGCUGAAGACCGAAGAAGGCAGCAUGCGGCUGUCUGCAGAGAAAAGCCGUCUGGAUCGCUCUCUGAACACCGCUGAGCAGGAGCUGCAAGAAGCACAGCAACAGAUACUGAUGCUGCAGACUCAGCUGGCUGAGCUGGAGCAGACACACAGCCUGUGUGAGAGCUUGGUGAGGCAGCGUGACGAGGCUCAGCGGGAGGCGGAGAGACUGAGGACCAGCCUCAGGGACAUAGAGCGAACUCUGGGCACCAGAGAGCGAGCUCACCGACACCGGGUCAAAGGCCUGGAGGAGCAGGUAUCCACUCUGAAGGAGCAGCUGCAGCAGGAGAUGAAACGGCGACAACCCUCUCUUCCAUCGUCCUUACUGUCGGCAGGAAAAUGAGGUGCAGCUUAAACCCAGAAUCACCAGCACACCACCUUCUAAUCCAGGGAAAAUCCACCCAUCAUGAAUGUCUUGAAAGCAAUAUCUUACUCACAGAAACAUUCCUGAAAGUGUUUAUACUCUUAACUCAGUUCAAAAAAAUGUUUUGUUUCUAUUUUGUGACUGAAAUGAACACUAGUUUCAUUUUGAUGGUGUUUUAUUGAUGUUUUGUACAGUUAAGAGCACUUAACUUGACCUGCAGCACACACACACACACACACGACAGGCAAGGGAACGCAGCAAUGUGAUUCAGCAGCUGGGUUGUAAAUGCCAGCAGCCUGCUGAUUGCUGGCAACCAUCUGUACUUGAUCCGUGCUCAACAUCUUCCCAAACUUCCUGCUCUCACUCAAGAAGAAACCCAAAUCACCGCAGGAUUCUCCUCCAGAUAGAUUCUGGAUGUAGCACAGGAAGGAAACUCGGCCAGUUUUGCAGUUUGGCCUCGAUUCAUCUGCAUUUAUAUUAACAGUUGAGGACAGAAAAGAAGGAAGGAAGGCCUUGUGCAUAAUGAAGCAACUGCACUGUAUUUUUUUUUCUUAGAAACAGAUACAGAUUUGACUGAUUUGGUGAAUAAACUCUAUUUUAUAGCUGAGAAAAGGACCUGAAGCAGUCGAGUGCUGCAGUGUGAUGGUAUAUUUACAGUAUGUGUUUUUUAAAAUUAGUUAUUACUAGUUUUAUUAGGUGUAUAUACUUUUUAUUUACUGUAUGAUGGCUGACAGACUGACGAUUAAUAACAGCAAUGUGACUUGUAUGGACAGUACACAUGGAAGCCACAUGUUCGCAGGAGAAUAAACUCACAGUGUGCACCAUAAUUCUU